GCCUGAAUAUCGGAAAGCUGUACGACUGUCAAGCCAAGCCAUCACUUUUCAAUUCAUACACUGGGACGGAAUAGCCUGGUGAUGCAGCCCAUUCUCAUUACAUAUCAGCCCUGCAGUUGUUACGAAUGCCAUCAGAUGAAGAAUAUGCCAUUACCGCAGCUGGGUUCCCCGUUGAAAUGGUUCGUGAAUGCACGAUGAUACCCAUUAAUUCGUCUAGAGAUGACGGUGACCAAUUAUGCGCUUAGAAGGAACACUUGAACAUCUUUGUUGGUAUGAUUCUUUGGCAAGAUUGUCGAAUGGAGGAGCGGAUAGCAUCUUUCGUGAGGCGAACGAAUGAACACAGCCGAUGUCGGGCAUCGAUGUUUGUGGAUUGUUGAAACUGUUUAAAUAAAAAAAACAGAUUUUUUUCAAUGGAAUAAAAUAGCGACCGUCGUCCCCUCCCGUUCAUUCUACAUUUUAAAGGGUUUAAGUACUUCCUGACACUGUUCAGGUGAAGAAUAUUAUGAGAAAUGGAGAAGCAUGCCGGGCUUCAGCUUGGGAAACGACACCCUGGAUAUAUCCUCAGACAAGAACAUCAGGCGAAACAGUGGAAAGAGCUACUGUGGUGUUACACAACUUCACCAUUUUUUUGUUUCAAUCUUUUAAAAUAAUAUUAAUUUCAAUAUGCUCUCUUGCGCAGGCGUGCUGCCCGAGGCUCUGGCGAUGUGCUUCGCUACAUCCCUAAGCAAUGUGUAAAUGAAAGCGGGGAAACCCUCAAAAUGCACGGACGUACCGUUCUUAUCGCUCGAGAGGAUUUAUUCGUGAUCCUUGAAUAAUUAUUGUGCUUCACCGAAGAAUGUCAGGAAAAACAAAUGCGGAGUCAGAGGGAGUAGUCUCCAAAGUUAAAGUAAAACGGCAGAUCAAGACAAUCGUGAAGGAUCUAGAGAACAUCCUCGGAGACUUAAAGGAUGUAGCUAAGGAACUCAAAGAGGUUGUGCACGACAUCGACUCGUUGACCUCUGACCUGCGGCUGGAGGAGGAGCUGACGGACAGCUCCAAGACGGACACCUUGAACAGCAGCUCCAGUAGCACCACCACCACCACCACGGCCUCCAGCAUAGAGAAGGUGAAGCACCACCUCGACGACUCCGCCCUUCGGCUGGCCUUGGUCAGCCCGACCGUCCUGACGGUGAUGAGGAGGCCGCACCCUCCCCUGCCCCCGCCCCGCCUGACCCCCCUCCGGACCGAGGAGCGCGGGCCGAGCUCGCUGGCGGGGCACCUGGCGAACGGAACUCUGUUCCGGAACGGCCUCUUUCCCGGGAAGCCCGUCGGCGUGCCGAGCAGGGACCUGUGCUGCAUCCCCAAAAGCGUCCCGGAGCGGGGGCCCACGCCGCCUCCCCCGCUCCCGCUCCCGCCCCCGCCCCCGCCCCGGCACGAGAAGAGCAGGUGCCCCCAGGCCACGCGGGAGCGGGUGCGCUUCAGCGAAAAGGUGCAGUACCACGGGUACUGCCCCGACUGCGACCUCCAGUACAACGUCAACAACACGGACGCGCACCUGCACUCGGACCUGAUCGACGCGAAACUCAGCCCCGCCCACUACUGCUCCUCCCCCCCUGGGGGCGGGGCCCUGGUGGAAAACGGCUGCCUAAGUGCCAGUCACAGUUUCCCCCCCGCAAACACGCCUUGUGUGCCUCACCCCCUGGCCCCCAAGCCACAGAAAACUAUUCUCCGAAAGUCCACCACCACGACCGUUUGAUGUAAAUGAACCGCGUUCUAACCGAAACACUUUGAAAAUGAUUUUAGUUUUAUUUUUAUGAGCACUUUCUACUUCGGCAAAAAAAAAUUGAUUCAUGGAUUAUCUAAAAGAUGCGAAAUGCCAUCAGGAAGACAAAACAAAACAAAGCAAACGAAGAGGAAAGAAAGGGUCCUGCUGGAUAACUGUGGGAACAGCAAUCACAAGACAGUAAACUCCGAUCUACUUUAUGUUCCAUCGCACAGCGAUGUAAAAAACCCCAGGCGCUCACCGUUCAACAGAAAUCCCUCCAAGCCACCGUCGCCAAAUAAUUUAUGACCACAGAGAAGGAGGCUCCGGACCAGAGGGCAGGGAUUUGUCUGCGGUGAACACGAGACGGAAAGGAAAACAUGAAGCUAAAGUAAACAAAACCCACAUAGUAAAAAAAAAAAAAAGGAACAAAUUCAUUUACAAAAUUUAAAUUCCGGUUUAUUUUUCUUUUUUGUCUAAAUGGUUUCAUUUCGAGUGUGGAAACUUGAGCGGUUCUCGGUUCGAUCUGCCACUGCGCUGAGAAAAGCUGGCUGCGGAAAAGAUGGAGGAGUCGUCAGCCUUGACUGAAACAAAUGGACCAAGUUCAGUCGUUUAAAAUCAUGAUUUGCACACGCGCCGACCUGCAGUGUUUGUUUUUGUUUUUAUUUCCGUUCUUCGUAUAUCGCUUUGGUUUCUUUUCAUUCAGAAUAACCAAAGUGAGUUUUGUCCGUUAUAUCAUUAAGGCGACUUAAGUUUUCUAAAACAAGGUGAUGGCUUCAGUGGUUUUGAUAUUAACAAAAAGUAUGUCAUAAAGAACUUAUAUCAGUUGCUUUAAUUUUUUACUCAUGUUGGAUCAGCUUGAAUCUCAACUUCAGGCCUUUUAUUUGAGUUCUGUAGAGCCAAAAAAACAGGUAAGACAAAAAUAACCAUAGAUAUUUGCAUUUUCAAUUUGCAUAUUGAUGGUCCUCCUUAAUUUCCACACUUCCUGUUGUGAAGGGAGAUGAUUGGUGCAGGGCCCAGAGCUAGACAUGCAGAGGAAUACAGGAACGGCACUGAACUUCCUGUUUGCCACACACAGGAAUUGAUAAGAGCUUAUCGCUGGAAACCAGAAGAUGAAAUAAUCUUAAGAGCAAGCCAAAAGAAGCUGUGAACAUAAUUAGAAACUAUCUGCUUUAUAAUUUAUUACUAGAAACCAUUUUUUCAUUAAUAUUUUUCUCUUAGGAUUCAGUGUGUUAAUCUGUGGGGCCCAUUCAAAUGAGCCACUGCUCUGCUUUGUCUUUAAUGCAAUGAGUAUAUAAUUUAAGCAAAUAUAAGCUAUUUUUUAGAUUCCCAAACAAAGCUAUGAAUUAAUUUACCAUGACCACAACAUGUUUAAGUGUCCAAAAUGGGUAACAUUUACUUACAUACUUUGCUCAAAACAGUCAAAUCAGCAUAGCAAUUAGUUUGAAAACCCCCAAGUAUUUGAUAUCUAUGUAGGAUGAUCUGUGUUAGCAUCCGUGUAACAUACAGCUUUACACACACCUUAAACUACAAUAAUUUGCAUCAAAUUUUAUUUGUAUAUCUAUAUAUUUAGAGCCUUUUUCUAAAGAGAUUUUUAGAAAGUAAUUUAAAAAGAGGAUAUUUUUGAUAUUCCUUAGAGAGAUGGGUAUUUUAAAAGAUGGCUUUCAACCUUUUGCAGUGCAUUUAUUUCUGUAGGGCAUGUCGGACUAAUUUAUUUCUAUAUUUUUCGACAAAAAGAGGAAGUGACUCUGUAUAAACAUGGCAUAAAUUAAUUUAAAUGAAAUGGACAAGCUGAGAACAAACGGCGACGUGACAAAGCGAAAUAAAUCAAACCAAAUACAUUCCUUAGUGUUCCUGAGCGGCACUGGCAAAACUAGAGGGCGCAAAGUGUUAACAACGGCCAUUUCCCUGAGUCAUCCUUUCAUGGCUGCCGUCCCCAGUGCCAUUGCUGGCUCAGAAAAACCGUCGUGUCUUUCGCCUGGCACAGAAGGUUCGGCGUCGCAAUCUGUAGCCGGUGGACAGUUUCCUGUUGGAUGAUGUCAUUUCCUUUCCCCGUCGGUGGUCCGCGUGGGCUCUGCAAAAUGUUUCCAUUUCCAAUAUGUCCCUUAUCAGGGAAGGAUGAUCAGUCCGGACAGAAUGGAGACCAGCGAGCUCUGAGUUUGUAUUUACAAACCUGAUGUCAUUAGGAGAGAGAGAGAGGGGUAUGCACUGUUUAUGUUACCUGUCAUAAAAAUGUGUAUCUCCCUGUUUAAUACAUGGAUCAAAUAUAUAUUAAUUUUCA